AUCGGCAACGGCAUCAUCUCUUCUCCACUCCCCGUUUCGAAUCCAGCUGCAGCUGGGCAUAAAUCUCUCGCAUUCAGACCCAGAUCGCCAUCUCAGGACGGACACAUCUUGACCCGCCGCUUUCUCCUCGCCAGUCCACCCCUUCUCUCCUCACCUCACCUCACUCCCCCUAGAUCGGGGGAGAUGGAGCCGGCCACCAUGGCAUGGACGCUGGCCGCCGCCGGCUUCGCGCUCGUCUACUGGUUCGUCUGGGUCAUGGGCGCCGCCGAGGUGCAGGGCAAGCGCGCCGUCGACCUCCAGAUGGGAUCCAUCGCCGACGACAAGGUCGGGGACAGGUACUCCCAGUACUGGUCCUUCUUCCGCAGCCCCAAGGACACGGCCGCCGCCGCCACCGCCGACAAGGUGCCGGCUUUCGUCGACACCUUCUACAACCUCGUCACCGACAUCUACGAGUGGGGCUGGGGCCAGUCCUUCCACUUCUCCCCCUCCCUCCCGGGCCGCUCGCACCGCGACGCCACGCGGGUCCACGAGGAGCGCGUCGCCGACCUGCUCCAGGCCAAACCCACCCACCGCCUGCUCGACGUCGGCUGCGGCGUCGGCGGGCCCAUGCGCGCCAUCGCCGCGCACUCCGGCUCCCACGUCGUCGGCAUCACCAUCAACGAGUACCAGGUCAACCGCGCCCGCGCGCACAACCGCAAGGCCGGCCUCGACGCGCGCUGCGAGGUGGUGUGCGGCAACUUCAUGGCCAUGCCCUUCCCGGACGCCUCCUUCGACGCCGCAUACUCCAUCGAGGCCACCUGCCACGCGCCCAGCCUGCGCGACGUCUACGGCGAGGUCUUCCGCGUGCUCAAGCCCGCCGGCCUCUACGUCUCCUACGAGUGGGUCACCACCCCGCUCUACCGCGCCGACGACCCGGACCACGUCGAGGCCAUCCACGGCAUCGAGCGCGGCGACGCGCUCCCGGGCCUCCGCCGGCAGGACGAGAUCGCCGCCGUCGCUAAAGAAGUCGGCUUCGAGGUCGUCAAGGAGCUCGACCUCGCGCUGCCGCCGGCGCACCCCUGGUGGACGCGCCUCAAGAUGGGACGCCUCUCCUACUGGCGCAACUCGCUGCUCAUCCGGGCGCUCACCCUGCUGCGCGUCGCGCCCAAGGGCGUCUCCGAGGUGCACGAGAUGCUCUACGAGACGGCGCACCACCUCACCCGCGGCGGCGAGACCGGAAUCUUCACACCCAUGCACAUGGUGCUGCUCCGCAAGCCGGAAAACCCCACCACCGCUGCCGCCUAAAAAUGACAGUUUGUUUACCAUCACAUCAUCCGCAGCAAUGCAGCAGCAGCUGUUCCUAGCUCUCUUUCUUUCCCACGGGUAGGUAGCUAGGAGCAGAAUCGAAAUGCAGCUCUUGGUUUUGAUCUUUUAGCAUGGACCAAUUCUUCCUCUUCUUAGACAUUCUUCCUCUUCUUAGAUUGGUUAAUUGAUUCUGGGGAACUCAAUCAGUAGGCUAGUUCACCUGAAAUUCCCCCUUUUUCCCCUGUGUUAUAUGUGGAUUAUAAUCGAACUGUUUAUCUUGCUA